GGCAUGCACAAACCAUUGACGAGAGAGCGCACGAACUGGUAAACCGAUGUCAGAAAAGUGGCUGCUCGUGGUGCUGAUCGUUGGAGGAACCGCGCUUGUCUUCCUGGUCUGCUUUCCCAUCGACUUCUGCCUCUACCGCCGCCGGAAGCGCCUAGCGCGCAUGCGGAAGCUGGAGAUGUUCUACACGAAAUCCCCGACCAAGAUAGCGCCUCAGCGAGCAAACAUGAUCAUGGAGGGCGUCUGGGCAGACAAUACCGGAAAUGGACAACAAACGGCCAAAUCACGGGCGUUGUUUGGCUUUCAGAAAAUUCUUCAAAUUCUCAGACGUAAAAAAGAAAACGCUAAUACAGAUCAUGAGCAAUUUUUUAAUCAAUCAUCAACGAUUGAAAAUGCGUCGUCCAUGAAUUCCCUUAUACAUGGAAGUCCACCGGAACGGAAUAUUUGGACUGAAAAAAGUAACCUCGUGAAGGACGAGAUAAACCGUGAAAAAGGGAGUUCACAUAAACACCCCUUGCACGCGGCACCACGUGCUGACCCCGGUCUGCCCGAGGGGAUGAUUCUUGACGCGACCUCGGCCUUGGGCGAGCACGAGGGGCUAGUUGAUCAAGAACCAAUGUUGGCAAACUAUGGCGCCUUGGAACAACUGCAUGUGAAACAUUCCGGCGAGACUAUUUCACUUUCCCAUUGCCCACAUAACUGUUUUACAAUUCCAGUUUCUCGACAGUGCACAUGUCAUGUAGAUCACUUGAAUGAUGGACAUCCAGGGAGAGAGCACCAAGGUUCAAUGGUGUCGGAAGGUGGAAGAUUUGUACAAGUGAAGCCAUUAAAAUUAUGUACUUUGUCCGCGGAAAACCAAAUAAAAAUGAAUACAAAUUUGAAACAAUCUGCUGGCCCGGAUGUUAUUUCUGUAUCGAGUAUGGUAGAGGAAUCGUCGUUAUCGGACGACGUUUUUCAGCAGGAGCCUUCAACCACUCUGGCGUCAGAUUUAACUAAAAUUGCCGAGCUCCAUCCGAAUGGAUUUAAAAGAAGCUUUAAGGGUAAUUUAACAAGAAACAGCGUCACACCUGUGGCACACACUAACAGUAUAGCACCAGUAACCCACACUGCAGUGUGGGAGUUAAAGCGGGGACCCCGCAGUCACGGAAAGUCGCUAAGCCGGAAGUCACGCCCGGCCUCCCUCACACUCGAAGAGGAUGGAGAGACCGUCGCUAAAUGGCGGCGGGAAGCGCGGGCCGUAACACUGCAACUGGCACCAAGGUACUGACCAGAUAUAUAUCAGAUUGAAAAGAGUGUCAACUGGACUAAUAGUCGUGCUUCUGACGUGCAUACAGGAGCAUCGUUGUAUUUGAUUACGACCAUGUUGCUGCUGUAACUCACUUGCACAAGUGAUCCUAGUUUGUGUUUGUCGGACAUGCAUAAUGGCCUCUGUAUUGCUUCUCUGUUGGCAAAGUUGAUACUGGCAGUGUAUUUUUUAUGAAUAUGCGAACUAGAAGAAUUCGCUAAAUAUGGAAAACGGUUCUGUGUCUUUGACGAUCAGUCAUUUUUUAAUGAUUUUUUUUACGGUGAACAAUCUAGAUGAUUAUGCUAGAGGAGGUUUCGUAUAUUUGAAUAUUGGUUGU